AUGGAGCAGGCGAAGACACCCCUGCAGGUGAUUGUGGUUGGUAAUGCAUGUCUGACUCAAGCAGGCAUUGGCGGCAUGGCCGCGGCCCUGACCCUGGGUUUGCGAGGACAUCAUGUCACGAUCCUAGAAUCGGCACCCAAGCUCAUGGAAGUUGGUGCUGGGAUUCAGGUCUCUCCUAAUAUGCUGACGCUCUUCGAUCGGUGGGGCGUCUCGCCGUUGAUCCACGCCAAAGAUGUUGCCCUAGAGCACAUCCACGUGCGACGAUGGGAAGAUGGUAGCAUUCUUGCUACCUUGCCGGUUAAUAAGACCUAUGGCCAACAGACGGUCAUUCAUCGUGCAGACCUCCACAACGCUCUGAUUGAGCAGGCACUGGCGCUAUCAAAUGUGGAACUGCGUGUCAACUCACCUGUCGCCGAGGUCCAGUUUGACCCUGCAGCAGUGAUCCUGGCCAACGGCACUGUCGUCGAAGGAGACAUUGUGAUUGCUGCCGACGGGAUCAAGUCUCUGUUGCGUGGCCAACUGCUCGACGAAUCCUCCAUUAAGGCCAUUCCCACGGGCGAUGCAGCCUACCGAAUUAUGCUACCCCGCAGCGCUCUCGAAAACGACCCCGAAUUGAAAACAUUGGUUGAUGAACCACAAGCUACUCGGUGGCUCGGACCAGGCCGUCAUGUCAUUGCGUAUCCAGUACGCAACCAUGAGAUGUACAACGUCGUCCUGCUUCACCCAGACUGUCAUGGCGUUGAGGAGUCAUGGACGACCAAAGGCUCCAAGCAAGCCAUGAUAGACAACUACAAGGGAUGGGACCGACGGGUUACGAAGUUGAUCGACAUGGUGGCAGACGACGACGUCCUGGAGUGGAAGUUGUGUCUGCACGCUCCGUUAAGAACCUGGGUCAAGGGUUCCGUGGCUCUCAUCGGUGACGCAUGCCACCCGAUGCUCCCUUAUGUUGCCCAGGGUGCUGCUCAGGCAGUGGAGGAUGCUGCUGCCCUGGGAGUCUUGCUCUCAACCAUCACCUCACGAGCCGAAAUUCCCACUGCGCUCGAAGCCUACCAGAAAUCCCGGAAGCCCCGCGCAGAGACCGUCCAGCAAUCCGGCUCGGAAAACCGCAUCACGCUGCAUCUGCCAGACGGCCCGGAGCAGCGCGCGCGCGACGAACAGUUCCGCGCCUCUUUGAAGAGCGGAUCGAACCCCGACCGGUGGACCGAUCUGGAGACGCAAAAGUUCCUCUGGGGAUGGGAUGCCGAAAAGGCGGCUCUAGAUGUCUGGAAUGAACUUCAUGGCAACCAUGUGUCCGAGCUGCGGCACCAUCUGUGA